ACAUUCAAAUGCGUAGCACAGACUUUUUAUAUAUAUAUUUUUUGUAAACAUGUGGGAGUCGUUCGUCAAGUGCUUCAAAAGCGGCGGCGCCAACAAGGACUGCAGUCCGGUCAAGCUAGCGGAGAUCUUUAAGCGCGUGCCGCCCAAUCAGCGUGCGCAGUUUCAAAUCUUUGCUAAAAAGCACGAAGAGUACAAAAGGCGCGUUUAUAAAUAUUCCCAUAAGCUGCCGCCCAUUGACUUUGCAUAUUAUAAAAAAAAUGUGCGGCCUGAGUACAAGGACUGGGUACUGAAAUUUCAAAAGAAAUACGAUAAGCUCGAUAGUUUGUUUGCCAAUCGUCAUUCGCUAAUCGAUUAUUCCAAAUACUUUGAUGAGGUGGAGAAGCAAGCGGCGGAAGUGAAGCAGGAAGUGGACAAGUAUAAAGCAGCGUCCAAUGAGCGCAUAAAGAAAAUGGAACAGGAAAUGGAGCGCAUCAAGUCCUUGCGUCCAUAUGAGGAAAUGACUUGGGAAGAAUUCUGCUGCGCACGUCCCGAAGUAGCGCCAGACUUUAUAAAUAAGCCAACUUUUUGGCCGCAUACGCCCGAGGAACAGAAACCAGGACCUUCCGAGGAGAUAGCGCACGACGACGAAGAAAAAGAGCCGCCCAAGUCAAAGGAUCCAAAGGGCGCUCCACCAGCAGCAGCAGCGCCAGCCAAACCACCAGCCGCCAAAGCAACUGCUGAGCCGCCGCCUGAAAAAGAAGUGCACAUGUCACAAACGGAACUCAAUGCAGCUGAUCCCGCUACAAAGGCUGUGGGCUUCAUACAGGAUAUAUUAGCUCAAGGCAUAGUGCUGUGGCAUACCUUGGUGGCAAAAAUCUCAGCCAAGCGCAAGGAGAUCGAUCAGAAAGCCACUGCUGAGCGCGAGAAGAGCGCAGCCAAGAAAAAAGCAAUACCACAAAUUUCGGAGCGGGAGCGCGACGACGAUGAGGAUAGUUUUUUGCAUCGCGAAGGCUCCAGCAACAUAUGCAAUAAGACCAUUAUCAAAGGCGAGGAUGUGGCCAAGGCAGAUGUGAAGCCGCAUCAUGAGGAUCUCGAUGUGGAAAGCGAGACUGACGAGCCGUGUGAGAAAAAGAAAUCAGAGAAACAAAAGUGUGCGGAGGAGCGCAAGUGUGCGGAGGAGCGCAAGUGUGAGGAGCAGCGCAAGUGUCAGGACGAGCGCAAGUGUGAGUUCCCGAAAGAAGAAGAAGACAUUUGCAAGAAGAAAAAACCAGCCGACGAACAAUGUCCGGAGGUUAACUUUGGCGAUGAUAGCUGCAAGAAGUUUGCUGACAAGCAACCGGUUGACUGUCGUCCCAAGCAGCAGGAGAAGAAGUGCGCUCCCAAGAAAGGACCAGAUGACAGAUUCAAGCCAAGUUCCAACCUCGAUAGCAACUAUUUAGACGCAGAUAAUCAAACUGAUGUGCAACAGCCCAAGCUGUUGGAUAGCAAGCCAAGCAAUACCAAAGAGCCGCAGUCGCGUUAUCAGAUGGAUGAGAGUGGCAAGGGAGCUACCAUUGGUGGACGUCAUCAGCAGCAGCCGCUGUCCGAGGAGCAGCAGCAGCUGGCAAAGCUUAAGCUAGACAGCGCUGCAAAGAAGAAGCAGAAGAAGCCUUCAGCAGCUCCUGCAGCUGAUGAAACGGAUCUGGUUUAUGCCAGCAGUGAGCAAGCGCAUGACUUGUGUGAUAACCAGGCCAAGGCUAAAGGUCACGGCAUCACGCCUUCCAGCAAGCCAAGUGCGCAAGCUGCGCAGCCCAUUACUGAGGGCUUGGCAUUGUUGGAGAAGCUGCGCCUGCAUACGCCGCCAGAACUUGCACAGCUAGACGAUUCACGUAGCAAGUCGGCCGACAAAGCCACAAGCCAAAUUGAGCUGGAAACAGUUGCGCACUUGCUGGAUCAACCCAACAAGUCUACGCCCAAAAUCGACAAGAAUAAGCUAUUUCAAAAAAUAGAUGAACUCAGCUCUGAUGACAUGGCCAAAAGCGUUUUUCACAUGGCCACCAGUGCCGCCUCGCUGCUAACCGAGGCCAGCCGCACCAUUGAGGUCGUCAAGACGGACAAGCAGAUCAGAAUCGAUACACUGCAGGCCGCCUACAUGGAAGCCGAGAAGCAAGUCAAUCGCGCCCUGGCUCAGGCCUACAAAGCUCUAGCCGCCGCCAAGAAGCUAACGAAGCGCGCUCGUCGCACCAUGGACAUUGAGGAUCAGAAUGCGGUGGCGCUGGCCGAGAAGCACGCCAUGCUGGCCAAGCUGCUGGCACGUCGCGCAAUUGCACUCAAAAAGGAAAUUUCUGAUUUGCUAACGCAGCUUAAGAACAGCACUUAAGUAACUUUUAGUUUACGCAUCAUUUUUGCCAAAUUUGUUAAGUUUCAAUGUGUUUUUAUUGCAUUAAAUUUGCUGUUUUACUGUAAGUUGAG